AUGUCACGUUUAAAAGAAAUUUUGAAAAUGGAUUUGUUUGUCACACUUCCACAAAAUGGAGACGUACGUGUCAAAAAUUGGCCUUUAAUGCAAAGUGUUAUUCCAACAUUUCUUAUUAUUGUUGCUUAUAUAUUUUUCAUUAUUUUUGGAAAAAAAUGGAUGAAAAAUAAAAAAGCUUUCGAGUUGCGUGAUUUUAUGCUUGUUUACAACAUUGUGCAAGUUAUUCUAUGUACUUAUAUAACAUAUGAAGCCACAUAUGUUUGGAUCAAAGAAAGAUAUAGUUUCACUUGUCAACCAAUUGACUUUUCUAAGAGUGAAACUGCUAUGAAAGCAUGUAAAGCAUGUUGGUGGUUCUAUAUUAUGAAAUUAGUUGAUCUUACCGAUACAAUUCUGUUUGUAUUGCGAAAAAAAGAUAAGCAAAUCACAUUUUUACAUGUUUAUCAUCAUAUAACAAUGACAUUUUGUGGAUGGAGUGGUUCUAAAUAUGUCGGAGGUGGCCAAUCGCUCUUCGUUAUUAUCAUCAAUUCUUUCAUUCAUGUUAUUAUGUAUGGUUAUUAUGGAUUAAGUGCUUGUGGGCCUAAAAUAAAAAAAUAUCUUUGGUGGAAACGCUACAUAACUCAAGCUCAAAUGCUUCAAUUUGUUGCGGUUAUCAUUCAUUCCAUAGUUAAUUUACGACAACCAUGCAAUUUUCCAAAAAUAUUUGAUAUAUCAUUUUUAAUUUAUGGAAUAACUAUUCUUAUGCUGUUUGCUAAUUUUUAUCUACAAAGUUAUAUUAGAAAACAACAACAUGCAAAACAAACUUAG